AUGGUCGCCAUACCUACUCUCUCUCUCCUAUUGGUCCUGGCAGAGUGGGCAGGUCUGGUGGACGCCUCCCCCAACCUCCUGCUCCGGUCCAGCCCGCGGGAGCGUGAUGCAGGGGCCAUGAUGAACUUAAACAUCGCCGUGAUCCACGCCGGUGCUACGGUGCAGGCUGAGGCGGCGGUGGCGGGGCCUGGGGGAAGGGUGUUCUACCCCGGCUUUGGCCGGGUAUACAGCUCCCUGGGGGAGAGUGUGAUCACCCAGUGGGGCUCUGCUAACGUCAUCUGGCUACAGGUGAAUGACAGUAGUCCUAAAACGGUGCUGUCCCAGCUGUGUGAGCUGCUGGCGGCGCGGCCCCUGCAGGGUCUGGUUUAUGAAGAGGAGAGGCCCCCUCGCACUGCCUGGGGUCCUUUGGCCCCCAUGCUGGAGUUUGUCUCUGCACAAACAGGACUGCCCAUAGUGGCUGUAGGAGGGGGAGCGGGGCUGGGGAGGAUGCCACAGGAAUCAGGUUCCAUCUUUCUCCAGUUCAGCUCCUCUACUGCCCUCCAACUGGAGGUCAUCUUUGAGGUGCUGGAGGAGUACGAUUGGACAUCCUUUUCCGUGGUGUCCACGCGUCACCAUGGCUAUCAGGAUUUUCUGUCGGUGGUGGAGGGCCUGACCGACGGCUCGUUCAUCGGCUGGGAGAAGAAGAGUGUGGUGAUCCUGAACGUGACCGACGACCCUGGGGGGGCACGCGCGCGCAGGCUGCUAAAGGAGAACGAGGCGCAGGUGCGUUUGCUGUACUGCUCCCAGGAGGAGGCUGAGCUGGUCUUCCGAGCUGCCUGGGCCGCCGGUCAGGCCGGAGCCUCGCACAUGUGGUUUGCUGUGGGGCCAGCUCUUUCAGGUUUAAACUCGGAGAGCUUGCCCCGGGCUCUGUUUGCCGUGCGGCCCCAGGGCUGGAGGGACGAACCUAGCCGGAGGAUUGCUCUGGGUGUGACUGUGCUGACUCAUGGGGCAGUUGCAAUGCGCAAGGAUUAUGGAACCACGGGUGUGCCAAACUUUGUCACCAACUGCAUGACGGACGCCAAUCAGACCCAGAGACUGCGGGGCAGGAUGAGGUAUUUUGGCAACAUCACACUUGGUCGUCGAGACUAUUCCUUCAAUACCGAUGGUUACUUGUCCAACCCCUUCCUGGAUGUAAUUUCCUGGACACCUGGAAGUGGAUGGGAAGAUGUAGGCUGGUGGGAGAAUGGCGUGCUGAGGCUUCGGUACCCAGCCUGGUCCCGCUAUGGGCCAUUCCUUAAACCACCUGAUGAUGCCCAGCACCUGCGCGUUGUCACGCUGGAGGAAAGGCCAUUUGUCAUUGUGGAGCUGGCAGACGCCGCAUCCGGGACCUGCAUCCGUGACUCAGUGCCCUGCAGACGACCCCUUAAUGCCAGUGCCAUUCAUGAGGGCGUGGCUCCCAUGAAGCAGUGCUGCAAGGGCUUCUGCAUCGACAUCCUCAAGAGAUUGGCCAAGAUUGUCGGCUUCACCUAUGACCUUUAUUUAGUGACCAAUGGGAAACAUGGGAAGAAAAUUGAUGGGGUUUGGAACGGCAUGAUUGGAGAGGUGGUAUACAAGCGAGCCGACAUGGCGAUUGGCUCGCUGACUAUCAAUGAGGAGAGGUCAGAGGUCGUGGAUUUCUCCGUCCCUUUUGUGGAGACGGGGAUCAGUGUCAUGGUCUCCCGUAGCAACGGAACCGUCUCACCAUCCGCUUUCUUAGAGCCCUAUAGUCCAGCGGUGUGGGUGAUGAUGUUCGUCAUGUGCCUGACCGUAGUGGCUGUGACCGUUUUCAUCUUUGAGUUCUUCAGCCCUGUGGGCUACAACCGCAGUCUCCAAAAUGGCAAGAAGGCUGGAGGCUCUACUUUCACUAUAGGAAAGUCUGUAUGGCUUUUGUGGGCUAUUGUCUUCAACAACUCCGUGCCAGUGGAGAACCCCAGAGGAACCACCAGCAAGAUCAUGGUGCUGAUCUGGGCCUUCUUUGCUGUCAUCUUUCUGGCCUCCUACACUGCUAACCUGGCUGCCUUUAUGAUCCAGGAGGAGUACAUUGACACAGUGUCAGGCCUCUCGGACAAGAAGUUUCAGCAUCCCGAGGAGCAGUACCCACCUCUGAAGUUUGGCACGGUGCCCAACGGGAGCACAGAAAAAAACAUCCGCUCCAACUACCCAGACAUGCACCAGUACAUGGGCAAAUACAACCAGAGAGGAGUGGAGGACGCCAUAAAUAACCUCAAGACUGGGAAACUGGAUGCUUUUAUUUAUGAUGCUGCAGUAUUGAACUAUAUGGCCAGGAAGGACGAAGGUUGUAAGGUGAUGACCAUAGGCUCGGGGAAGGUUUUUGCCACCACAGGCUACGGUAUCGCCCUGCACAAAAAUUCACGCUGGAAACGUCCUCUUGACCUGGCCCUACUGCAGCUGGUGGGAGAUGAUGAGAUUGAGAUGUUGGAGCGCCUCUGGCUGUCAGGUAUCUGCCAUAAUGACAAAAUUGAGGUGAUGAGCAGUAAACUGGAUAUUGACAACAUGGCCGGGGUCUUCUACAUGUUGCUGGUGGCUAUGGGCCUCAGUCUGCUGGUGUUUGCCUGGGAACACUUGGUCUACUGGAAGCUGCGCCACUGCAUGGCCACCAGUUCUGGCAAAUUGGACUUUCUCCUGGCAAUCAGCAGGGGCAUGUAUAGCUGCUGUAGCUUUGAGGAUGAAACAGCAGCAGCUAAAUCUUUGCCAACUCAUCACCACACUUCAAUGGUUACAGUCCCGUCCCAGCCACAUGUUGUCUCAACGUCUAUGACCAAUCCAGUUAUUGCCAUGGCGCAACAGCAGCAACCACCGCAACAGCAGCAACCGCAGCCCAACUACAAAACACCUCUACCGGGCUCUCCUCCCACCGUGGUGCAUUCUGGGACAGCACUGGGUCCCUCCAACCCCCCCAUUGCUGGUGCACCCCUCCCUUGCUCCACCUUCCUGCCCCGGCCAGACCGCAGACUGGCAGUGGUGGAUCGCUGGAGGCUGCCCAAAACUGCUACAGCCACCAACCCAAUGGCUGUAAGGGGGGCCAUCACUGACAUGGGACCCUUUGCUCAGAAGGUCCCACCAAACUGGGCUUCCACUGAUGGAGGGGGAGGGGGAAUUGAUGGCUAUAAGAGAUACUAUGGUCCCAUUGACCCUGAGGGACUGGGGCCCUGCAUGGAGCAGCAGGCAGGGUCCCAGACCCCCAAGACUAUGCCCAGGGGGGCCGUUAAACCUCUGGGCACUCCUCGAUUGCCUUCUAAGAGUCAGGCCCCUCUGCCUCCUACACCCCCGCUGCCACAUCCCUCUCCCCCUCUCUCCUCAUCCUUCUGGAGGAAGCGUAGGCCCAAGAAGCCCAAAGAGCCUGGAGGGCCACUGUAUGAGAACAUUCUACCCCUGGGGCGGAGGGGAGGAGCACGAGAUGGAGUGAGGGAGGGAGGAGGGAGGAGGGCACGCCCCCUCUCUCCCCCGCUCUCACUUCCUGUGCCAGUACCCCUCAGCCCCUCUUACACCCCUCCUUCGCCCUCUGCAUCUUUGCACUAUACAUCCUCCUCGUCUUCGUCGACCACCUCAUCCACAUCCACGUCCUCAUCUGCCUCAUCUUCUCGCUCCACCUCUCCCACCUACUCUUACAGCUCCUCUAGGAGCACACGGGAUAGGACUGGAGGAAUAGAUGGAGAGGAUGAUGAUGAUGACGAGGAGCUGACAGAAGAGUCAAGCCUCCUCCUUGGCAGGGGGAGGGAGAGGGAACGCUCAAUCAUCCGGCCUCGUUCCCUUAGCCACGGGCGCCUGCCACCACCCAUACCCCCCAGGAAACCACGCACCUCCUGGGGUGACAGAGAAAGAGAACGAGAGAGGGAGCGAGGAGGAAGCCAACUGUCUCAGCUCCAAGAGUGGUGGGCAAGCUGGAGUGAGAGAGAGAGGAGUGGAGCGGGUGGAGAUGCUGAGAGGCAAAAAAGGGAAAAGAAGCGGAGAAAAGAGAAGGAGAAAGAGAAGAAGAAGAAGAAAAAGAACAAAAAGAGGAAAAAGAGAGAAGAAAGGGAAAGAGAGCGAGAGAGAGAAAGGAAGCGUCGAAAGGUGAAAAAGAAGAAGAAAAAGGAUAUCGGAGCUCAUUUGGGGAGAAGGGACGGGAUUCAUGGGAAGGAGAGAGGGAGAGAGGUAGGAGAGAAGGAGGAGAUGAGGGCAAUGACAGGGAACAGGAGGACAGCAGCAGAAACAGGGAGAGGCAUCCCAAAUCCUCACGCGCUCAUUCCAGACAUCGUAUCCCCACGGAGAAGAAGUGGAGGGAUGGACAGAGAUGACAGUGCGAGAGUUGGAGAGCGCCGACCUUUGUUAUUGCAUUAUGAAAAAGAGAAAGCACAGACCAGAGAAGGGAUUUCCUUCCCUGAGUGGGAUUCUGAGGAUGACGAGGGUGAUGAUGAUGAGGAAGAGGAGAGGGACAGAGUGAGGGAGCGGGUGGGAAAGAGGGGAAGGAGAGCAGGUAGGGGGGCAGUGUCUGAGUCGGAGAGGGACAGGGCCAGGGCAGAGGACAGUUAUUCAGAUGAGGGCUCGUCAGGGGAGUUUGGCCGUUUUGAAAGAUACUGGGAAGGAGGUGCAGGGGGAAGCAGCACUGGAAUAGGGGGCAUAGGCGGAGGAGGCUGGUUCUUUGGCACCUACCCCUCCAGAGAGAAAGGGGGCAGUAUCAACAGUCGGGAUGAUUCCUUACUAGGAACUCGGGCAGAGGGAUGGAUUGGUGCUGAUUUCUGGGGUUCAGGGCCAGGAGUAGGUUGGGGCUCAGGGGGAGGGAGUGGAGGGCUCGGCUCACAGUGGCCGCCACCCCCCGCAGCCUUCCCUCCACCUAGGAGGUACUGGUCUAUGGACAAGAUCCCCGUGAAGGGAGAGAAAAAGUGGAAGAGUGGAGGAGGGAAGAGCAAGGGGCGAGCUAGGGACAGAGGGGAAGAAGCAGGGCGGGUCACCAUGUGUUCCUGUAGCCUUUACCCCCAACCACAUCCUUACCCACAUCCCCACAGCCGCUCGCACACCUCCCACUUCAAGAGAGGAGCCACGGCGCUUUCCCAUAGCCAGGAAGAGCUUCUCCCCCACUGCCACAGCUUCAGCGGGGGUUCUCGCCCGAAGCCUCUGCCCCCUAAACCAGAUCCCAGUCAGCCCAAAUCAGGCAGCCAAUCUAACCUCAGCCUCAGCACACAACCCACAGACCAUCCACCUCAGCCCUCACCGUCGCCACCCCAGCAGCAGUCCAUGUCUCCCACCUCCCUCCCGAUGCCCAUCCCGCCUCCACCCUCAUCCUCCGUCUCACCACCAGCAGGCAUAGGGAUGGUAGGCCAAGGCCAGGCUCAGGCUUCGGCCAGUGCCAAACUCCAGUAUCAGAGACUGCGCUCGGUGCCACAGCCACGGAGGUUCUACUCCCCCCAUCUGCCACUCAAAGCCAAGAGUCUGUGCUCACGCCGAGGGUCGGCCCACUUCUCCAGUCUGGAGAGUGAGGUAUGA